GCGGCGUUGUUCUUUGCGACGAUGACAGUCGGUUGUCGGCAAACUGGGGAAGGGCUGUGGGCUGCAUGUAAGACCCGACACAUCUAAUCGUCCGUGCAGUUGUCCGAUAAUCGAAAGUUUGAUCGGGUUAAUCCAUCGCACCGGGCCUCAUGGAUCCCAAUCGCAUCGUACAGGCUUUAAAGGGCACCAUAGAUCCCAAUCUAAGAGUAGCGGCUGAGAAUGAACUCAACCAGUCCUACAAGAUCAUCAACUUCGCCCCCACUUUGCUGCAGAUCAUUGUGUCAGACCAGGUGGAGUUCCCUGUGCGACAGGCAGCUGCCAUCUACCUGAAGAACAUGGUGAGCCAGUACUGGCAGGACCGAGAGCCCAUGUUGGGGGAGGUGGCCUUUCCCUUCAAUAUCCAUGAGAAUGACCGUGGCCAGAUCCGAGAAAAUAUGGUGGAGGCCAUCAUUCGCUGUCCGGAGUCCAUAAGGGCUCAGUUGACGGUAUGCUUGCGUGCCAUAAUAAAGCAUGAUUUUCCCGGGCGGUGGACGGGUGUGGUGGAUAAGAUCAACCUGUAUCUGCAGUCACAAAACAGUGGAAGCUGGUACGGCAGUCUGCUCGCCCUCUACCAACUCGUCAAAACCUACGAGUUCAGGAAGGCAGAGGAGCGGGACCCCCUUUUGACUGCGAUGCAGAUCUUUCUGCCACGGAUCCAGCAGAUCAUCGCACAGCUCCUGUCCGACGCUACUUUCAUCUCAGUGCUCAUACAGAAACAGAUCCUGAAGAUCUUCCACGCACUUGUGCAGUAUUCCCUCCCCCUACAGCUGCUCAAUAACACAGUCGUGACGCACUGGAUGGAGAUUCUAAGGUCGGUUGUUGACCGUGGCAUCCCAGCGGAGACUCUUGAAGUCGACGAGGAUGAUCGACCUGAGCUGAUCUGGUGGAAGUGCAAGAAAUGGGCUUUGCACAUCCUCACAAGAACGUUUGAGAGAUACGGGAGUCCAGGAAAUGUCACAAAGGAAUAUUUCGAGUUUGCUGACUUUUUCUUGAAAACGUACGCUGUAGGGAUUCAGCAGGUGUUGUUAAAAGUGAUCGAUCAGCACAGACAGAAGCAGUACGUCAGUCCUCGGGUUCUCCAGCAGACGUUGAGUUACAUGACACAUGGCGUCUCGCAUUCAGUUACAUGGAAACACAUGAAACCGCACAUGCAGACUAUAACGCAGGAGGUGGUGUUUCCUCUCAUGUGCUAUAAAGAGGAAGAUGAACGACUAUGGCAGGAAGAUCCUUACGAGUAUAUUCGCAUGAAAUUCAAUAUGUAUGAUGAUCAUGUUUUCCCUGCCACGGCCGCUCAGACUCUAUUGUGUAAAGCAGCCAGGAAAAGGAAAGAGGUCUUGCCUCAGAUGAUGGAGUUUUGUCAUCAGAUUCUCAUGGACCCCAACGCUGACCCCCGCAGGAAGGAUGGGGCACUGCAUGUCAUAGGUGCCUUGGCUCAGCCCCUGCUCAAGAAGCGGAUGUACAGGGACCAGAUGGAGCUCGUGUUACAAAACUAUGUUUUUCCUCUGCUGAACUCUAAUCUGGGAUAUUUAAGAGCCAGGUCGUGCUGGGUGCUGCACUCGUUCAGCCCUCUCAAGUUCCACAAUGAGCUGGUCCUGAGGAACGCCGUGGAGUUGGUCAAGCAGAACCUGGUGGACGAUAAGGAGAUGCCUGUCAAAGUGGAGGCAGCUAUUGCAUUGCAGACUCUUGUGAGCAAUCAGGAACAAGCUAAGGUCUAUAUCCGACCCUUCGUAAGAUCCAUCAUGCAAGAAUUACUCCACGUCAUCAAAGAAACGGAAAACGACGACCUCACCAGCGUCAUCCAGAAGAUGAUCUGCGAAUACAACCAGGAGGUGGCCAUGAUAGCGGUGGACAUGACGCAGAACCUGGCAGAGAUCUUCAGCAAGGUUCUCCAGAGCGAAGAAUACGAGGAAAGUGAAGAUAAGACUGUGAUGGCUCUCGGUAUUCUUAGCACCAUAGACACUAUUCUUACAGUCAUGGAGGAUCAUAAAGAGAUCACUCAGCAGCUGGAGGGGAUUUGUCUGCAGGUCAUCGGUCUUGUUCUGCAGAAACCCAUCAUAGAGUUUUAUGAGGAGAUCUUGUCGUUGGCCUUCGGACUCACUUGUCAGUCUGUCUCGCCUCAGAUGUGGCAGCUGUUGGGGGUCCUGUACGACGUCUUCCAGCACGACUGCUUUGACUACUUCACAGAUAUGAUGCCUCUCUUGCACAAUUACGUGACCGUAGACACAAAUAUGCUGCUGUCGAAUCCCAAGCACCUUGAGGUCAUUUACACUAUGUGCAAAAAGGUCCUAACAAGUGAUGCUGGAGAAGACCCAGAAUGCCAUGCUGCCAAACUUCUAGAGGUCAUUAUAUUACAGUGCCGUGGACGCGGGAUUGACCAGUGCAUUCCUCUGUUCGUGGAGGCAGUGUUGGAGCGGUUAACGCGUGGCGUGAAGUCCAGCGAGUUGCGCACCAUGUGUCUUCAGGUGGUAAUCGCCGCUCUGUACUAUAACCCCACCCUGCUGAUACACACGCUGGAGAACAUCCGCUUCCCCCACAGCCCUGAGCCAAUCACAGCGCAGUUUAUCAACCAAUGGAUGAACGACACAGAGUUUUUCUUAGGACUGCACGACCGUAAGAUGUGCAUCAUUGGCCUCAGCGUUCUGAUGGAGCUGCCCAGCCGUCCCGCUGCACUACAGGAGGUUGCAGGGCAGAUCAUCCCCUCCGUCCUCCUCCUCUUCCUGGGAUUAAAGCAUAUCUACGCCUCCCGAGUCCUCAACAAGCCAGAGCCGCUGUCCAGAGCUCAAGGCUCGGAGGAAGAUGAAAACGAGGAGAUUCCCAGCGACGAGGAUGAGGUUGGAGAGAAAUCAAUGCCCCUGCACUCAUCCUGCAUGCCCACCGGGAGCGACAAUGAGGAUGAGGAAGAUGAUGACGACGACGAAGAGUACUGGGAUGAUGACGCUCUUGAGGGGACACCAUUAGAGGAAUACAACACGCCGCUGGACUAUGACAACGGAGAGGACGAAUACCAGUUUUUUACAGCGUCUCUACUCCGUGUUCAAAGUUCAGAUGCAAGUUGGUAUCAGUCGCUCACAUCCUCGCUAAGUGAAGACCAGAAGAAGCAACUGCAGGAGAUCUACAACAUCUGUCAGCAGAGGAGAAGUGCAGGGGUCAAAGGGCUGUGAAGAGACCCAGUUAUUCCGAGACGGGGAGAGCCGAUCUUUUAAGGACUUGCCCUAGAAGUGUUCAGACAUGGAAACGGUCCACCCUGACCUCUCGAUACUAGAGACAACGCGGAGCCAGGGGUCGGCGAAACCACAGCAAGCUCUUCAGAACCGAGACUAUCCAAGGAAUACCGAGGCAUCUUUGAGACUGGACAGAGAUGUGUUGUCCCUUUGAGGUCGAUGAGGUUACUCUAGGUCACCCACUUCCCUGGAGCUGUGUGUGUUUGGCUGCACAUUUGUACAGAAUUGUGUGUGUGUGUCUCUAAGUAAAUGGACGUUAUUCUGUUUUUCUCUUUCAAUCUCUACUGCAGUCGCAAUGAAUGAGUGACGAAGUCGACUGAGGCAGUGAGGUAAGACGACGGGUCAGGCUUCAGACAGACAGACAGACAGAUGAAGGCUCAGCUUCAGACAGAGAGUAAGACACACACAGAUUGGGGGAGUGGUUAACUGUGAUGGUCAGAGAAAUGUCGGGAUCUUUCUCCCCAAACAGAUGAAAUGUGCACUGGCCGGAUGUACUGUAAGAAGGAUGAUGUUUAUAUUUGUCGUAUAUGUUUGUAUGUUUCAAGAGGUUGUUUUUGUAACAGUACAUUUUCAGAAUUAACUUAAGUGAUAAAAAACUAUGUAACACUAAUUGUUUGUGCAGUUAUUUGUGUGGUUUUGCACAGUGGUUUAUGUUUGUUUUAUUUUUUUAUAUUGUGACGGCAAUUUCAUGACAAUUUAAGAACACUUUUUUUAAAUUUACAUUUCUUUUUUUCCCUCAGCCUACACUGAAUUCAGUAC